CCAGGUCACCAUCAGUCGGUGAUUUCAUCCUUCAGCUCCUUCAAAUGAGUGGAGGCCAGGGGUUCUCAAGAAGAUUUGUUCACGGACCAGAUUUUUUUUCCAGAAGACACCGUGAGGGCCAGACAGCCCCAACUGCAUGGGCGGACAAUGGGGGUCUGUGUCCACCCAUGGAGUCAGCUGUGCCAGCCUUGGACCAAAAGCAAAAGAUGUUUCCAUACUUCUGCGUUUUAUUGAUUAGUCAACCCUGCAAUCCAAUCAGAGAACAAGGCAACAUUUUAACCAAUCACAGAUAGAGGGGGUGGGUCACUCUUAGUCUGGUUUCCGGGCAGUCACCAUAGAAGAAGAUUUGUAUGAACGCUGAGCACCGCCACGCUGCCAUUCUACCGUUCAACAUGAAUAUAGAAAAAUAUUUCCUCAAAUCCAAAAGGACAUGUGACGAUGACGGUGCAGACAGGAGGUGGAGUAAGCAAGAAGAAGCGCCAAUCGGCUCCACGUCUAUUGUAAACGUGAGCACCGAUUUAAGCAGCCACGCUGGAGUUAGCAAUCAUGCUAAGAGGGCUAGCAACAGCACCCAUGGAGAACAAAGAGCAGUGCCGAGCAGCAUAACUCUUCUGGAAUAAACAACGUGAGUGACCUCAUCUGCAAAACAAACACAGAGAUUCAUCGUAGUAGCAUUACAGCUACGAGGGACAACAGGCCACAGCAGUUAAGUGAUCUUGGCACAGAAAAGCCUCAAAGAGGAGUCCUGCAGAGCUGGCCUUCACAUAUUUUCUCAGGAAAAAAAAAUAUCAUUUUGCAGUUCCUGGUAUGGAAUCUUUCCCUGGCAGAUGCUGCAUUCUGCUACCCAUGCAGAAUGUUUCAGGGACCCAGACCCACUGAUGCAGCUUACAGUAUAACUGGUUUUCGUGACUGGAAACAUGCAAUAGAAUGUGGAAAGGGACUGAACAAACAUGCUGCAUCCAAAGAACACUUGACUUGUGAAGCCAUGUGGAGGGACAAGGAAAGGCGAGUUCACAUGAGUAAGGAAACAUCAACAUUAAUUAUGUAGCGACAUGAAUGGCCUCAUUUGUGACCCAAAGGUCACACUUCCCCAGCUAGGCCACGCUGUCCUGGCUGAACUUCUAUCCACAGAUUAUCCAUCACAGGAGACAUAAAGUCUGCUAAACCAUUUUUAGUCUGACUGCCUUUUAUCUGACUGUUGUUCUGUCCGCAAGAUGAAGGACGCUUCAAGAUUUUAAAAGAAUCAUUUUUAAUUAACUCUUUUCACUGUUUAUUACAAGGUUCAUAAAUAAUCAUCAUAAAUAAUCAUAAAUGUAUUUAAUUACUGAAAUGAAUUAUUAUUCUUUGGUUAAUAAUAAUAAUUAUUUAUGAUCAUCAGUAAUGUUUAACAGUACCAGAAGGUCAUGUUCACUUAUACACACCAUGCAGGGGACAGACAUCAGGGUAAAGGUAACUGCACCACACAUGUCUUUGCUCCAUAACCAAAGCUUUCUAUCUCUGAGAGGGCGUGUCCUGAGGUUUUAAUAAAACCAAAACUCCUCAGUUCAAGUUCAGUUUCUUGAGCUCACCAAAAAGCUCUCCGUGGCACGAGAGUCCCAGAGGAUCGAGACGGCCGCUUGAAGCCUCCACUAAGCUGUUCUGUCACGCUGAAAAAAUUGCUCCAAUAAACGCCACCUACAACCAGCUGAUGCAAAACUCCUUCAGAGUUGUUGAUUUUUUUUUGAGAUGCAAUCAGUUUCAUCAGUCGUUGUGACCUGGAAACAUCUUAGGACCGAUUCGGUCGCACCAAGGUUCUUCUACCUACCUCGUGCUUGGGGGUUCAUCAUCCCACCUGACAUCUCGGAUCCAGAAGGGGGUCUCCUAACUGGGUGAGGUAGACACUUUCGACAGAUUGCGUCCGUAUGCUGUUCCUUUAAGAAAUAACUUAGUUCAACUGCAAAACAACUCUGUCACCCAGAACGCGUUUUCUCUCACCGAAAGAAACCUUCUGAGAUCUCAUUCACACAUCCAACACACGCAUUUCAUUUUAGUUCUCAUCCAGACACAGGUUGCUUUUAAUACCAAGUUUUAAAAUCAAAGUUUUAUAAAUUGUCAUCUUUAAAUUGUUAGUAAUAAAUUCUUAACUUUUUUAACCUGACUCUUCUUUGAAAUGAAACACAGAAUGGUGUAUAUUUGGUUAUUGAACGAGCAAAGAUUCCCUUAAAAUCUUCUGAUUGAAUAAAUAAGCUUUUGCUAUUAAUUUAAAUCUCUUAAAUUAAACAUUAAUCUUUGGAUCAAAUAUAGACCAAGCCGGUUGGUGUAUGAACUUCUAUCGAUUAUAUAAAUAUAUCCGUGCAUAUAUUAAUAAACAAUAUAAGCUUCAUUUGCUAAUUUGUUUGAUCUUUCUCAGAAUCAAACAGAGCUGAAUAGCAACAGCGUUAAAUUCUAGUAUGUAGAUUGUCUACGCUACAAUUAACACUGAACAACUACAGCGCAACAGAUAUUAUGUGUCUGCAAUUAUUGAUGUUGUGGAGUUCCUUGCUGUGAACCAGCUGCCCUUUAGAGGUGACCAUGAUGCAUUUAGUAAAAUGAACAGCGAUGGAUGUGGCCUAUUUUUGUCUCUAUUUGAGUUUUCUUUAAGGAAAGACAGAAUUAGCAAAGAUAACAAAAACUAUUCUUCACAACGCCACAUACACAUGUCAUGAUAUUCAAAAUGACUUAAUAGAUGAUAAAUGAUAAAUGACCCGCACUUGUAUAGCGCCUCUCAGAGUAAGGACUCCAAAGCGCUUUACACUACAGUGUAUCAUUCAUCCAUUCACACACACAUUCACACACUGAUGGUGAUGAGCUACGAUGAAGCCACAGCUGCCCUGGGGCACACUGACAGAGGCGAGGCUGCCCAGCACAGGCGCCACCGGUCCCUCCGACCACCACCAGCAGGCAAGCUGGGUUAAGUGUCUUGCCCAAGGACACAACAGCAGAAUUCUCUGUCCGGAGCCGGGAUCGAACCUGCAACCUUCCGAUUACUGGACAACCCGCUCAACCUGUUGAGCUACUGCUGCCCUAAUGUAAUGAGAUGUAAUGAGUACUUUAGUGAGAGAGCAUAUUGUGGAAGAAGUUGGUGAAUCAUUCUACACAUUAAAGACAGAUGGAACCAGAGAUCCAACAGCGACAGAAAACAUCUCCAUUGUUCUCCGCUUUCUGGAUGAACAAUGUGAACCAACCGAGCUUCUCCUAACCACAGCCACUGCUGACCAGGGAGAUGCAGCUACUUUGACUGACACCAUCAUAGGAGAACUGACCACUGCUGGCCUGAACCCUAAGAAAAUCAUCAGUCAGGUGUAUGAUGGUGCCUUGCUCAUGUCAGGUAAACAUGGGGGUGUCAGAAGCUGCUUGAGCAAAAACUGGACAGAGAGAUACCGUAUGUCCACUGUUAAAACCAUCAGCUGCAUUUGGUGAUCACCCAUGCCCCGUCAGUGGAAAAGGCUGUGAUGGACUUUUUCAGUGUGUGCAACAUGCUGUACAAGUUCUGCAGAAGACCAACUGUUGCCAUUCUCUACAAAGGAGAGACACUCAAGCACCUGUUGGACUAACGCUGGAGUGGAGAUUUUGCAACAGGUAUGUUAAUUAGUACUGUUGAGUUAAUAAUGAUGAGAAUGUAUGUUUGCAGUCUCAGUCAAUCUGAAAUCAUUUGAUGACCAAUUCACACUGUUCCAAGAGGUCACCAACAACAGAGCACUUGGAGCAGAUCUGCGCAUCGAAGCAACAGGAUUGUGGCAGAGCAUGUCUAUAGCGGAGAUGGUGCACAAGAUCCUCACAUAUCUUGAUCCCCCAAACAAGCUUUUGCAGUCUGAAGACAUGGAUCUGCUGACAGGUUUGCAGCUCAUCAGCAGUACAUGCACGUGUCUUGAGAAUACCUGCACUGAGACAGAGUUCCAGGCUAUCCUCGCUCACUGUGAUGGUGUCUCAACAAGGUCAUCAAAGAGAAGACUCAUACAAAACUCUGCCCUUGCUGACUAUGUGGUUGAGGAAAUCGUCACACGUAAGGACUGUAAUGAUGAAACAAAGCUACGUAGGAUUUAUUACAGUUGCAUUCACUCUGUAUACGGGGAAAUGAAAAAUCGAUUCGGAAAACAAAACUGUGACCUGAUGGAAGCACUCGUCGCCCUGGAUUCUGCUCAGCCAACAUUCUUGGAUGUCACAAAAGUGAAGCCUUUACUUAACCUGACCAAGACUCAUGCUGUGGACUCUGAAUUUGAGGUGUCUCAUAACUUCCUGGUGAGACAAAUGAAAGAGAAUUCUCCACCAGAUGAGGACAAGUGGACAAUGAAACAGGUAAUGAAGGCUGGGCACAAGUUCAGUAUUUUUAUUACAUUAAAGAAUCUAAAAGAGCUACCAGGCUCAUUUGAGAUGAUUUAAUAUCCUUUACUGUCAUGGCAUGGUCAUUUGGGACAUUUCAAUUAGACUGAUAGGUUUCAGUAAACAGCUUUCAACCAGUCAAACAUAACACACACCACACGUAACAUGACUUGGUUAAAAACAGACGAGCAUGUAUUUGAAUGUUCAGUAUCAUGUUACUUGCAUACAUAUGUUAAUGCAGUGUUUCCCAGCCCUGGUCCUCAGAGAACACUGUCCUGCAUGUGUUACAUGUCUCUGCUUUAGCACACCUGAUUUACAUUACAUUAAAUUGUUAUUCACUCAUUCUUUUAAGUCAGGUGUGUGGCGGCAGGGAAACACUGGUGUUUAAAAGGGAAACAUGAAAAACAUGCAGGACAGUGUGUCCUGAGGACCAGGGUUAUCAUAAUCAUCACCGAAAAAAUUAUGGUUAUAGUGAUUUUGGUUUCAAACUCAAACCUUUUCGUUACAGAUUCUGAAACAGUUCCAGAGGCCACUGGAAGCAAUGCCCACUGUCUUCACAGCAAACACUGAAAGUUGAGAUUGCAGAUUAUUCUUAAAGUACCUCCAUCUCCUAUAGACUCCCACUGAAGAAUGUUAGCUUCUCCUGUGAAAGUCAGAAAGUAUUUUCUAUCCAUCGUUUUAUACAACUUCAUGAUUCAGCUCAUGAGUAUCACAGUCCAGAACCACUCACUUGUCCAUUUAAAAAGAAAAUAAGCCUAGAUGACCACCUUAUGAUUUCAUAAUGGGUGGCAUUGCGAAGAAAAAGAAGCUGUGUGUGGUGGUAUUGUGGUAAAAUUGUUGUCGGUCUCUAGAUCAAAAGCUGGAGUCUGUGGGGUUUACAUUUUUCACCAAUCAUGUAGAGAUUUAGUCUUAAAUGAUGAAUUUUGGAUGAGUUGGAGUCUCUAAAUUGUCAUUCGAUCAGUGCAGAGGACCGGGCUCAAUACAAAAAUCUCAUUUUACAAAUUAAAGUGAUGUAAAAUAUUACAGUACAAAAAUUUAGCAUUAUGGAAAAGGGUAUAGCAUUUUGCACACAUGUUUACUUUUAAUGUAUUUGGCUUUGUUUGAAAAAUAGCAACAGACUGUUGAAGCAGCGGUGUACAAGCUUUUAAAGACGAGUGCCAAAACUAUCAAGUUAAAGGUCCUUGCAGGCAACCAUAAUUACAAUAGUUUCCUAUUUAGAAAAAAAAUUAAGUCACAAAUAGACACAUUAGUAAAGAUUUUAACAUAAAAUUUCCAUUAAAUAUGAACAACAAAAUAAAGUAUAUAACUCCUCAGUUUCACUGGUUCUGGCAUCAUCCUGUUAUACAAAAACAUCAGUGCAAUACUCAGUAUGUGUUCAAUACUUGUGCAAUACUGGAUGUACAAUAGAAUGUCUGUGUCUUUUAUGCUGCAUAGUUGUGGGAAUACACAUUUUUCUUUUAAUUUGUUGUUUUUAGUCGUUGAAGGUUACAAUAAUAGCUUAUUGCCUUUGUGUGUUUACCUGUAAUCUUAUUAUUUUCAUUGUCUUUUUCUCUAAGUAUAUGUGCUGCUGUAGCAAGAGAAUUCCCCCACUGUGGGAUCAAUGAACUCUAUUCUAUUCUAUUCUAUUCUAUUCUAGUCUAGUCUAGUCUAGUCUAGUCUAGUCUAAAAAGGUUAGAAAGUAUCACGCUAGAGUGUGUUACAGUAAUCUAGACGGGAGGAGAUAAAGGCAUGGAUGACCAUUUCAAGUUCAUGUUUUGACACCAACCUUCGCAGUUUGGAGAUAUAUCUUAAGUGAUAAAAACAGUUUUGGACCAACCUUUUUGAGUGACCUUCAAGAGACAUUGAUUGGUCAAAAUAGCACCCAAAUUCCAUAAGUUUGCCUUGACGGUAGAGGAUAAAUGACCAAGUCUUGGACUACUCAGGGGAACCAUAUGCUCUCAGGGGCAAUGAUCAGACAUUCAGUCUUUUCACAGUUUUACUGAAGGAAGUUAUCUUCUAGCCAGCUGGUGAUAGCUGAAAGACACUCUAAUAAUUCAGACGGUUUAUAAAACUUAGAAUCCUUAAAGGAGAAGUACAGCUGAAUAUCAUCUGCAUAUAGGUGAUAAGAGACAUUAUGAAAAUAAUCAAUUAUCUGUCCAAGAGGGUGUAUGCAUAGCAGAAACAACAGUGGACCCAAAACCGAGCCUUGGGGUACCCCACAGAACAGAUCGGUAGAAUCUGACAUGAUUUGGUUUAUACAGACACUGUAACUUCUGUUAGACAGGUACGAUCUAAACCAGUCUAGAACAGUUCCAGAGAUCCCCACUGAGUCACCAAGUCUGUUAAUUAAGGUGCUGUGAUCAACAGUGUCAAAAGCUGCAGAAAGAUUUAACAAUACUAACACUGUGAACUCCCCGUUGUCUGCAGCCAUCAUGAUGUCACUAGAAACUUUAAGCAACACUGUUUCUGUUGAAUGCUUUUUACAAAAACCAGACUGGAAUUUAUCAAAGCUGUUGUGUAGUUCCAGAAAAGUAAUCAGUUGAUCUGCCACAACCUUUUCCAAUAUUUUAGAGAUAAAGGGUGAUUUAGAAAUGGGUCUGUAAUUUUUAGGCUGAGAUUAGUCCAAACUUGGUUUUUUAAGGAUAUGUUCAACAAAUAUUUUGUCAGAUCGUUCAACCUCCAGCAAAAUGACAGCACAUCAGCCUCCCUUUCAUCACUGGUAACGAGCAAAGACGUACAUGCCUAAAACAACAAUGUUUAAGAAUGAUAAAAAUUUUGUAACCGCUUCUUACAAAUCAGUAAAUUUAUUUUGUCCUCAUAGGCUCAUGUAGAAGGAAACAUGGCGUCUAAUAUGGUGUCGCCCAGAGACUUAGACCCACAGACAUCUAUACGUAGGCGCCCCUUGGACUGACGCUGCCUAUUGGAGGUGCUGUAAUGGCCGGCCGCCAUUUUAAAUGGGUCUUCAUUUGCCCAAACUGCAUUCAUUUCUACAGAGGAAUUUACUCACCCAACAAGUUUUUUCACAAAAUCAGACACAAGGUUGACAUGAUAAUUUAACUGUACAUAUAAUUAAACAAAAUUCAAAAUUAUUAAAUAUUAAAUCUUAUCAGGCAGGCUAGAAAAGUCACUAAUAAUCCCACGUGAUCUGUUUUCAAUACUACACUGGUUCUUGUAACUGUAGGCUGCACAGAAAUGGGCAUAGUUGCUCACUCUGCAUUGAUUUUGGAGAGUGAGGAGACCCAUCUAAUAUGACGGCGACUCUGUUACACUCUCCAGCACUCAAUGGGGCACUUACACAUUCAUCUCUAUGCUCAGACCCCCUCCCAUGUAUUUUAGACCAGGUUUUUAUGGUUUUAUGUCACAAAACUGUCAAUAUUUUCAACACCUGGCCAUCUUUUAAUUCAUUUUCAAAAACGUUUCGAUGUAUAUUUCCGGAGAUUAACGGUAAAAACUACAUGCUGUCACUUUAAGGUGAACGAUGACUGACCUAGCACACUAGGUCAGUCAUCGUUCCGUGUUAGGGCAGCUCAGGAAUGGAACAACAUCCCAACAUCAAUCUGAGACAUCUCCACAUACACUCUAUUCUGCGCCCAUCUUCACUGGCUCAUCACUAAUCAAACAUGUCAACACAAACCCCCCAUGCUGCCAUUGUUUGUUCUUAGGGCAGUAUGUUAGAUAUGUUUCGUACUGCCUUUGUGACCCUUUAUUAUUGUACAUGUGUAGGUCUUACGUCUCUGAUUACCGUCAUUACCACGUGUUUCUUUUUUCUUUUUCUCCUCUUACUUUCCUUUAAAUAUUCUCACUAUUAUUAAUACGCGUUACUAGCAUGUUUACUCUUUUUUUAAUAACGUAAAUAGGAUCUUUUAAACAGUGUUUUUGUUGUGUGUUGAUCCGCUAGUCUUAUUUCACUUUUGCAUUUACUGUCUGUGCUUGUUAUUUUAUUGUUUUUAUUAUUAUUCUCUUUUAACUAUGGCUAAUUGCUGCCUCUUUGAUAAACAUGCUGCUUUUGUGAUCCGGCAUUGUUGAAUACUUUAUGUACUCUAUAAUGUUUUUAUGUCCCUUUGUAAAAAGCUGAAUUUACAACUGGCACAGGACUACAGAUGAAAACUAGCCGAUGGCUAAUUCUGGCAUGUUUCAGCAUGUCUGAUGUUAACAUGCGCUGUCCUGAUUAAUAAAUGAUUGAUU